CCCUAGGCAAACCCAUGGACUGGUUACCGGUGUGCCUCCAAAUCCUGAAAGUGGCUUUAAGUGCUCGAAAUGAUCCACUUAGCCAGGGAUAAUUAACAGCAUCAGAGCCAGGAGCCCCAAAGUGGAAGCAAGGGGGAAGGAGGAAGUUAAUUCCAGAAAAUGGGGUUUCCAAGCUUCCUGUUGGAACUCAGCAGGAAGUGCUGUGUGAGAACAGUACAUUCUGCCUCAAUGUCCUCUUAUGGUGUCAAGUACAGUCCCCAGUUUUAUCAUGGGGAAAAUCAUGGCAGAUGUCCACAGUGCACCAACACAUACAGAGAAGAGCAGCAGCAGAAAACAGAAAUAUCUGACAAGGUAAUUUAUUUUCAAUUUGUGAGACCACUUUACAGCAAGGGACAAAUCCAGUCUGAGCAAGCAAAAACCAUCCCUUCAUUGUUUAUUUAUCUCUUACCGCCUUGCUGCAUGGGCUGGCUAUAGCUCUUAUCACUUUCUGCUACGUCUGCUGCUCUCUGGUGGCCUGCCCAGUGUGGUGGCAAAGGACCAGGUCUUCUCUUUCUUUGCUUUACCAAAGGCUUCUCCAUGUUAUGUCCUUGUUUUCGCUUUCCAAAUUGUGCCUAUUGCCACCUGCUGUGGAAGCCAUGGUAGUAGCACCAUGAAUCUUUACUGCCUACAGUUGUGGACAGAUGUGGUAACAGUUCUGAAAAUAUGUGUUCUUGCUUUGGUGCUGACCAGGCUCCCUUUUCAGGCUUCUCAACUCUGUGGAAGUUAUUUGCUGCUUUUGCUGUUCAUUACUUGUCCUCUAGCAGGGUGUCAUUGCCUCUUCUAAUGUUUCUCUAUCUAAACCAAGGAUUACUUUUGGGCCAUUAAUAGCCACAGAUUUCAUCUUCUCCUCAUUGAUAAACAAACCAAUUUAUUCUGCUGCAUCUGCUAAUAGCUGUGUCUAGGAACUAUUAGCAGCUCUUAGCUUCUAUUUCAGCCUCUAACUUCUCAAAAAGUCUGUGUCCAGUAAUAUUUUACCAGGUUAAAAGGGGCAUACCUUUUUUUUUUAUCCAUCUCUAUAUAUAACCUUGCAUUUGCUUUUCCCAAGAUGGAUGGGAGUUUUAUUCUAAAGGGCAUUAAAUUCUGUCUGUUUUGCUCAAUGGCUGCACUUCUGUAGAGGUUUGAGUUGGCAGAGUCCAAAGGAGCUUGGGCAAGAUGCAGACAAACCGAUUUCCAGGGAUGGGGAUCCCAGGUGAGUGAGGCUGCCUUGAAUCAGGGUUUCACUGCUGAGAGGUGCGAAGUGCUCAGGAAGAGUGGACAGAAGGUUUGUGUCUGUUCUCAGAGCCUCAGCACAGCUGGAAAACUCUCUUGUCUUCUAAUGAAAGCUACAGGCACUUAGAGAGGCUCCCUGGAACAUCUUCUACCAGCAAGCUGUAUCUCCAGAAGUGUGGAUAUACUCAUGACCCUCUCCAUGUUCUUUUGGAGCCUCUUGGCUGUUAAAGGUUAACCCAAAGAUGACAGAUGCCAAUGGGACAAACCUGGUUGGUUACACUGGGCUUUGGGUUAUACCCUCCAGACCAUGAUUCAGCGGUGUUCUAAGCAGAGAGAUAAUGUUUGUGGGACAAGGAGAGCCCAGAAAAUUGUGAAAUCUGCAGUCCGACAGAAGCAUCACCCUUGGGGCCCGUGGCUGGAGGGGAGAUGAGGACAGCUCACACGUCCUGCACCCAGACAACCACCUAGAUUAGUUUAUAGAAGGAGAUGACAGAUUACUUUUAUCCUCAUGAGCAACCCUCUUGCCUGCUUGCACAAUGCCUCUUUUGAAGCAAGGGCACCUCUCAUUGUGUGGCUCCAGAUUAGCCUCACCCUUUGCUAUAGCAGCCCCCCUCUCCUGCCAAGCCCAUGGCAGCUGCCCCACCUGUCUGGUGGGGCCACCAUAUAUCUCUGCAGGCAUCACAGGGCUCAGCUGCAAGAAUUCAUGUGAUUACGCACUAUCACCAGUGCUGGGAUCCCCACUUCCUUCAUCUUACAGAUGGGAGCUGCAAAGGAACUACCAAUGAGGACAAGGCAAAGCCACCCCCAGCAGUAGUAGCCAGUGUUUUGGGGAUGCUGGGUACUGGCUGAGCACUUGUACACCUCCAAACUUGACCUUUGCUUUCAGUAAAACUUGCACAAACUUGUAAUCGUUAACUAGUUCCCCCAUAACGGGCUUGUUAUUUUUGCUGGACAGGGUUCGAAAAUGCAAGACAUCUACAGUAGUAAAGAUUUUAUUGUGCUGGAAGCAGACUGUAAAACUUGAUUACAUGACACUGGGGAUUGCCUAAACCUUGUUCCCACUGGUGCAGCUGCCUGGGGUUGAGGGGAUGUGAGCAAGGGAGGUGGCUUCAAGUCACGUCCAGAGGUGGUUUAGCACGAUGGACAAGAGCUGGGAGCAGCCCACUUCCACUCUUCAGCCAAGUGAGCCCCAUGUGGAGCUGAGGAGCAGGAGUUGAGCAGGGGUCAUCCAGUCAGCCAAAGCAAUGGACAAAUGUUUGUCCCAUCUCCGCUUCAUCAUGUGAAAACCACUGGAAAUCCCAUCCUGGAAGGAGUGGGCUGAGAUUUUGCUACAGAAAUAGAUUUUCCAUUGGAAAAUGGGCUCCCCUGUUGCCCCUCUCUCUGAAUUCAUUGCUGGCAUGGGAGCUUUCCUUCUGAGACAAAACUUUCCACAGUUUAUAUCCAUUUCAUAUCUGUUUAUAUCACUGCUAGCAUUUUUUUUGUAUUCCAAAGGCCCAUUUACGGUAAAAAAAAAUACAGUUUCCAAUAAAUAAUCAAAGUUAUCAUAUUUUGGAAAGGAAAAAAAUUCCUAGUAGGAAAUAUCUGCAGCAAAGUUGAAGCUUGAUCCAGUGCAGUAUCUUUUUUUCCUUCCUUCAUCCUUAUUUUUGCACCCACACUACAGCAAGCAGAGAAGGAUUCCUGAGCACUCAGGUACCACCAGACCUUCCUCUGCUUGGGCAUGCUGUGGAAAUGGGCUGAGCUUUUCAAAGCUGCCUUCAGAAUUUGGUUGGCCAAGAACAAGGAGAGUGACAGACUAAUAACUUGAUCCUCUCAGAACAAAAGACAAUAGGUUUUUCUAUGUCAAUGGGGUAAGCCUUGCCCCUGGGAAGAGGGAAGCCCAGCAGGGAAGUUAUCUAAAAGUGAGAAGAUAGUGGACAAAAAGCCUCCUUACAAACUCCCACUGUCAGUAACAUAAAUACAAGUUAAGGUAUGCUCUGGUAACACUCAAAAAUGCAAGAAGGAAAACCCUAAAUGGUAAAUCUCAGUGUAUGAUUAACCCGGGGAACACCCUGCUUCAGAGCCUUCCCAAGGCAGCCAUGGACUGAGGUUUCUUUCUACAGAAAGAGGUCUUACAGCUUAUCGUGGACACAUACAAUUGAUUGGUGAUGCGAUUCAUAGGGUAAUUUUGCAAAUGAUCCCCUUAGAUUCUGACUGGGGGCUCAGUGCUCUGAGGGUAACUUGAUAACAUGUUGAGUUUCAUCCUGUGUAGCCACUAAUUUGCCAUCUUUUCCUAGUACAGAGAAGGUCUGAGUACUCCUAUCUCCCUGAAACUUGAGACCCUCUUCAUGGAUAUAGCACUAGGUCAUUCAAGUACAUCAAGUAUCUUUUUUGAGGGGAAGGGAGACAGAGAUAGUGUUACACAUUGCGCAGAUGCUAUUAACUGUAGUUGAGCAUCACAAGUUGGAUUUAUUAGCAUGAGGAUGAAAGACCUACAUGGCAGGGGAUGUAACUGAUAACCUUCUGUCACAUCCAUUUGAGGAGAUGAGUCCCCUCCCUUUGUGCUCAUCAGAGAUUUAGCACUUUUCACUUGCCUUUUUGCAGGCACAGUCCUUUUAGCAAACAUACGAUACUUCACGCUCAAAGACAUGGCAGAGGUAAAUGGGACUUCCUACCUCCUACAUGCUGGUGGAAGUAAUUGGGAGGAAUUGCUUUGGUGAUGAAAGAAAUGGAGAGUCUGGAUCAAAUCUCAUAGCAUUUUGCUGACUUCGGUGAAAUUACUUCUGAUUUAUACUCUGUGUGGAGAAUCAGGCAUGUUCUAGGUUAAGCAGGCAGUGGAGUUCGGACAGGUUGUGUCUGAGUUCAGACACACUGAAAUCAUGAAGAAUCACAAACCUCAGCUGUUUCAGGCUCUUUGCAAGCUAAGGUAGACAUAGCCUCAGAAUCUGCUUUGUCUUUUCGUUCAUAGCCACCAUCGCUAGAGAUGUGGUCCCUUCCCAUAAAACACCUCCAGAAUCUGGGACUCGUGUCCAUCAGGACUGUUGACUUGACAAACCAAUGAUGUCCUCACUCCACUGGAGCCCUGCUUUGGUGAACUACCAGGAGACAUUGCUGCACUGAUUAAUACUCAAGUCAUUUUUCUAAGCUCUCCUUCACAGUGAUGAGUGCUGACCAUGCAAAUUAUGCUUGUAAUUUAAUUUCUGAAGGAAAGGUGAAAUGACAGAGAAUUUAUGAGGUCAUGGCCAUAAGAAUUUGUUUCCCUGAGAAGGAGCAGACAGAAUGGAGAUAACCAGCUAUCUCCUGGUUUCUGUUAACCACCUCCAAUUUCCCCAACAGGAUAUUGAAUUUCAAUAGCCCACCACAGCAAAUGCACUCAGAAAAUAUAUCAGUAUCACAGAACCAGCUCUCAUGAGCCAGCUUUAACUUCCAUGAACACGAGAAAACGCGAGCACACUGCAAUUGCUCUCACUAAAUAUGGAGGCUGCUCUGGUUGCACUCAACAGCAAAGUACCAAAUUUCAAAUGGUCUGAUUUUGGCCCCACACUGAGCUAACACAGUCAUCCAAGGCCUCCUGCAAAAUGCAGAUGUUGUCUCCUUCAGCCCAAGCCCAGGGCACGUGUCUCACCACCCGCCACGUGUGCAGCAAGCGAGGCUUUGGAUAGCCUUCAUGCAGUAAUGUGUUUUCCUUCCUCUAGCACCUGACAGCAGCAUGGUCGCACUGACAACUCCAUCCCAUUGCUGCAUACUUUCCAAGGUGAUAUUAAUCAAACAUAUUAAGAUGUUUGCCUUUAAUUUUACAUUUCAGAAACAUCUGCUGGCCACCUCAAUGCCAGCAGUGCCUAUUGCCAGCAUUAGUGUCGUUAGUAAUCAUUGCGGCUGUAAUAGCACUAUUAUCUCCUGCUAAAAGGGUCACUGAUGGCUCAGGACAGAUCUCCGGGUAAGGAAAAGCAGGUCAGCUGAAAUGAGAUGGAAACUGCAAAGUGAUGCUUCUCUCUUAACUUGCCUAAAGACCUGUUGAUGCUACAUUUAGGGAAAUUAAUGUGCACAAACAGCAAAAAUUUUGGCUAGAACGUCACUGAGAAGGUGGGGCUUGUCCUAGCUCUUGUGUCAGUUGUGCUAGUGUGAAUCAUAUAAAUAUGGGAAAGAGAAUGGGGAAAUUUCUACCAGUCUUCAUCAUUGAGAGCAAACUUCUCUCCGUCUCUUGCUGUCUCUUCUUUGGGCCUCCCCCAGCUCACCAUGGCUCUCUGGAUUCGAUCACUGCCUCUUCUGGCCCUCCUUGUUUUUUCUGGCCCCGGGACCAGCUAUGCAGCUGCCAACCAGCACCUCUGUGGCUCCCACUUGGUGGAGGCUCUCUACCUGGUGUGUGGAGAGCGUGGCUUCUUCUACUCCCCCAAAGCCCGACGGGAUGUCGAGCAGCCUCUAGUGAGCAGUCCCCUGCGUGGUGAGGUAGGAGUGCUGCCCUUCCAGCAGGAGGAAUACGAGAAGGUCAAGAGAGGGAUUGUUGAGCAAUGCUGCCAUAACACGUGCUCUCUCUACCAACUGGAGAACUACUGCAACUAGCCAAGAGGCUGGCGGUGGGCACAGACAUGCACUUACUCUAUUGCACCUUCAAAGCAUUUGAAUAAACCUUGUUGAUCUA